AUGCCUCCAGCAGCAGCAGCAGCACGUGCGCUCCCACACCCCUCCCCCUCCCCUCCCCCUUCCACCUCCUCCGCAGACAUCCCCACCGUCACCGUGACCCUCACGCACACUUACACUUACACGCACACCCUCUCCCCAUCCCCCUCCAAUCCGCCAUCCCAUACAAUAGCACCCCACUUCGCCUGGCCGCAGCGAAGUGAAAGCGCUUCCCUCGAGCACCAAUCGCUUUCACCACCUCCCGGCGGCCUUCUGCGCCGCGCACAAUUCCAAACCUCGACACCGACACCGGCAUCGACACCGAGGAAAUCCACGUUCCCGAGACCUUCUCCACCGACGUUUCUGUAUCCCUCGCCUAUCGUUCCUGCGCGCGCCAACGUUAACACUUCAAUAUCUUUGCACCACCGCACUCUCCUCAGCACUAUGAGAGAUCUCCCCGCCUUUCCGGACAUACCGCCCGCACUCCAAGCCCUCGUGUUUGGAGGUAUGGCGCUGGGCUUUCUGUGGGUUGUUGUGGUCUGGCUUGUGAACUUCCCGCCUGGGACAUGGCGGUGCAGGUCCAGCUCGGACUCCGGCUCCGGUCGCAGAAGCAAGAAGAUAAAGAGGCGGAAAACUGGUACCGGCGCCGGAGCAAGGUGGUGGGACCUAAGAACCUGGCUCCUCGGAGGAAGCGGGGAGAAUGCAGACAGGAAAGGGAGGAAGAAGAAGAAACCGAUUGACAAGCCGUCGAAGUACGCGCCGCUGGCCUCUAGCGCGUCGUCGUCGUCUUCUUCCCCGGGAACUCCGUCAUCGAUUUCUAGUGCGGAUGCAGACGUCCUGGCGCUGGCGCCGACUUCAGCAUCCACAUCGACAUCAACAUCCGCCACCCGCACCACAGCAAACAAUAGCGCCAUCGAGCUUCGGCGACGCAACAAUCCACCUAUCGAGCUGCCACACCCACACGCACCCGGCGCACCGCCAUGGCAGACGCAGCGAAACACCAGUCUCCCCCCGUCCUCCUCAUCGCCAUCGCCGCAGAACCCCUACCUCCCCACCCCUCCACCUCUGCUACGCCCGCGCACUUCAUCCGAGUAUCUAGCCUCGUACCGAGCUUUCUUCUCCUCCUCCCCGUCCUCCUCCAACCCAGUACCCGCUUCUCCAUCAGCAUCGACGUCGUCGCAAUUCUCCUUCCACUCCGCCGACGCGCUAGAAGCGCAGACCACGCCGCCAGCGUCACCGACACGGAAGCACAGGCGAGGUUGGAGCGAUAGUGGGUUGGAUGCUGGGCUGAAUGACGGGAAAGGGAAAGGGGAGAGGAAGAGGUGGAGUGGAGCUGGGUUCUUGGACGCUGUGGAUGGCGCGGUGGGGAGGGCGGUGGAUCGGAUGGUGAAGUGGACGGGGGAUGAUGGGGGUGGGGAGGGGCUGUUGCUGCCGUUGAAGGGGGAUAAGAUGGACUGA